AUGCCCUUCCGAACAGGACCUAAAGAAAAAAACUCCAUUCCACUUGAGGUAUUUAAGAAAUUUUUCACAUCAAACAUUAUCCAAGUCAUUAUUACCGAAACGAAUCGUUAUGGAAGAGAUUUAGUUAAUAAAUGGAAGGUGGAUAAUCCCAAUAAAGUACAAAAAGUUUGGAGUGAUGUUACUGAAGCUGAGAUAGAUGCAUUUAUAGCGAUACUAUUGGCGGCUGGUGUUUCCCACAAUAACAAGCAAAAGUCCAGCGUUUUGUGGCAUACAGACGGUUUGCCCAUAUUUAGAGCGGCUAUGUCUUUUAAGCGUUUUCGAAUAAUAACACGAUUUAUUCGGUUCGACAAUGGAAGGACACGCGAGUUUCGUUUGGAAAGUGAUAGAGCUGCGCCAAUUCGUGACAUAUGGAAUUUUCUUAAUGACAAUCUUGCCAAGAAUUACAGCCCGCAUGAAAACAUCACAAUUGAUGAGCAACUGUUCCCCUAUCGUGGCAAAACAAAAUUCACGCAAUAUAUACCAUCGAAACCAGCCAAAUAUGGCCGGGAAGUCGGAGCUACACGUGAAAUAAAUCAAGGCGAAAAUGUUAUGCUACAACUCUCAAAAGCAUACACAAAUAGCGGCCGUACCAUCAUCGCAGACAACUACUUUACAACAUUGGCAGGAGUUAAACGUUUGGCUCAAAUUGGUUUAGCAUUCGUUGGAGCUAUUCGUUCCAAUAAGAGAUGUAUACCAGAUGAAAUGAAAAGGAAUCCUCAACGUGCAGUUUUAUCAAGCUGCUUCGGAUUUCACGAAGACUUGGUUUCAAUUUGCAGCUAUGUGCCAAAAAAGAACAAGUGUGUCAAUUUACUUUCUACAGUACACUACACCAAAACUUGUGAAGGAGCAGCUAUGAAGCCUGAAGCAAUUUUGUAUUAUAAUGCGAAUAAAGCAGGCGUUGAUUGCAUGGAUCAAAUGAUGUCUCAUUUUACGACCAAACGUCAAACGAGAAGAUGGACUUUAGCUUUUUUCUGCAAUAUGAUAAAUGUUGCAGCAUUGGCUGCAUUUUGCAUGCUUUGUUGA